AUGGAGAGUCGGAGUCCAGUCUAUGCCCACAAGGAGACACGAUUAGAUUUGGAUUCGUCCACACAAGGCUCUACUGUUGCGAUUCGUAUUCCAUCGCAUGGAACAUCAACAUGGCCGUCCAGAACAGCCCAGAAAAGAUCCCACGUCGUCGAAAUACCAAUCGCAGAAGAUGAGGAGAUAUUCAGACAACGGCAUCUCGCUACAGCUGCUUCAGUAUAUCACCGCGCCUAUCACAGAUCGCCCAGAAGCUUUCUCUGGAGGAUCUUGGAAGGUGGGAAGGUUCUCUCCAUACGAGCAGUCGAUGUGUCGAAACAGAGCAACGCCCCGGACGCAAACCUGACAUUGCGAUUAUCCUUCCCGAGCCCGAUAGUGCCAGCAUGCGUAGCAUUUUCCGAUUCCAGGGAGCAUGAUGUUCUGAGCGCAUUCGUCUUGACGGAAUCAAACCACCUGUUUACACUCACACUUCGGCCCGACUUCUUUCGGCGAGCUUUGAGCACAGAGGGAAACGUUGGAGACUGGUGCAAAUCAUACCUAUCUUCGGCUUUUAGCUUUAAGCAUCCGUAUAGAUUGGUUGCUUUAACAGCGGACGAGUUACUGGUUUCGCUGAUUGAUGGUGGUCUACUGAAACUAAGUAGAAAAUCAGGCGGAGAUGGUGCGGAGUGGAAAGAGAUAUUUUACAAUGAAGGUGGCUGGAGCAACAGUCUCCGCAGUUUGAUCCCAUUUCAUGGAAGCAACACCGUCCGCUAUGGCAAGCACAACAUCGAGCUAUCAGCAGUCACAUCGAUAGCGUCGCCGGUUAGCCAUAUCGAUGGCAUGCCAUAUGCCUUUACGAUCUCGCUAGACCAUCGGCUUCGGAUAUGGAAUUUGAUGACAGGAAAGGUUGCUUACAUGGGAGAUAUGUUAGGCCAGGAACUGGAUCCACAAGAAACUGUGAAGAAGGCUAUCGAUCCGUCCCUCUCCCGGCUGAUAAAGGUAUCUAGCUACGGUGAGGGUGCUUUGUGUGUAACAUACUCACCUCUGGGAACUGGCGAAUUCAAGUUUUGGACGGCUCUCCCGCGAGACGACGGCACCCUUGAACUUACGGACCUUUUCCCAAGACAUGAACUUAAACCUCGAACUCCAACGCCUGAUCUCUGGACUUUAGCCGACUUCUCCGUCGUUCUAGACCGGACGAACAUCGAAAGCUUUUCCAUAUGGACCUUGUGGAAAAAUAACACCACCUAUCGAGUCCAAAACUUGAAAUUUGAGCGCGGAUCCACGACGCGAGUUAACGACGCAUGGGCCAGCGAAUGGACAGCUAUGGCGACCGAGGCACUCCACGAGACUCCGAACCCAGUUGUAUACUCAGGCGACCCCUUGGAUAUAACUGACAAAUGGUUGGAAUUUAUUAUGUCUCCAGGCAGGUUCUCUACUGCAACUAUCGAAACGGGUCUUGCACUCUGUGAAAACCUCUCAAAGUCGAAGAAUGCGGCCCGAAAGUCUGAAAGCUUGCCAGAAAGAAUGUGCUCUAUUGUAGCUUCGUCUGAUAGCUUGAAGCCGAAAUCUGAUGGCAAUAUGGACUAUGAAACACUCCAAGGGGAUGUUCAAAACCAUUGGCUUCGAUUUUAUCGUCUUCUUAUUGAGUUGGAUAAGCUACGUGGCGAGGCCCAAUCAUUGGUCAUCGACCCUCAUGGAGACAUGCCAUGGGUAAUCCUAGCGGAUGGUCUUACAGCAAUUCGAUACUGCAGUAAAGUGGAAGAAAUAUGGCACAACACAGACAUUCCCCGAUCUGGAACUGAGCAUGUUGCUGGCCCACUCGUCGCCGCGGCUGAGUUUCGUGGCUCGUUUUCAGAGCAGUUGCUAUAUAGUUGCAAAACUAUGCUGUUCGGCGAGUUAUUCGAGGAACAAUCGCUCACUUCCCCGGCAAUGAUGCUAGAGUUCUACGACAAAUGUGACUUCUACAACCGAAUCCGAGCUGACGAUAUUACUCGACUGGAGGAGGGCCUAGGUGGCGGAUACAAAAACGUCACUCCUGAGGUUUACGAACAGAUGCUUGGGAACCUCGUAGCUGCCUUGGAAGAUUCCGAUAAACGGCCACAGGUGCUUCCGCUUGCUGAAUUUGGGAACAAGUUAAUUAUCAAAGGGGUCCAGGAAAUUGUUGAACUGCAUAGUGCUAUCUGUCUUGAUCAGAUAGUGCUCCUAGUCUAUAUUGAAGCCGAGAUCAACCAUGACGAGAAGGGCAUACAAUUUGACACUGCAGCAAUCUUUCACCAGUUCCUAACCAUGCUCAAGAGGCUCGAACUGGUCAAAUGGCUGGUAACCACGCGGAUCUCCUUGCCACUAGCAAAAGCCGAGCGCUCAAACUCCAUAGUUGAAAACACCGCAAAGAAACAGGUGGCCAGCAUGGAGAAUAUAACUGUGCUAGAAGGAGUUCUUCGUCAUCUUUUCGGGCUAGAUUUACGGCCUAAAGAGUCUAUGUCUUCAGCAUUAACAGAAAUAAUCCUUCAAAUCUGCGCGCCUAAUAGCGAGUAUGAACUGUCGCCCUCCGUUAUCCAAUGCUUCCUACUCAGACACGAUCGAGCUGAUCUAGCCAUGGAAUUCAGCCGCUUUACAGCUCAUGAUCCUUUCUCUACCUACAUCAAGGGCAGGGCGUGCCUGGCGUCUAAUGAUCCUCAGACAGCUGCUUUGCUCUUUAAAAAGGCUGCGUUUGGCAUAUCUGCCCCAAACCCGAAGCAACGUAGCGCUCUUCGAAGCGCCGGAUACUUAGACGACACAGAGCGCAACUCACUAAAUGCUGGCCUUCCAGAGUAUUAUGCUCACAUUGUUUACCUUUACGACAAGGAUAAAAUAUUCUCUUUUGCCAUCGACUUUGCUCGAUUGGCACUACAGUUUCUGAAACCUGAAAGCGACGACUUCGAUCGAAGAGAAUUGCGAACGGAAAUGCACAGUCGUCUCUUCAACUCUGCUAUCCAGACCGCCCGCUUUGAACUGGCUCAUUCCACCCUUUCGCUACUCACAGAUCACGCUCUCCAACAAUCAUCUCUGCGCAUACUCGUUACCAAAAUGUGCGAGACCUCGUACGCUUCUGAACUCGUUGAGUUUCCGUUCAUUGGUCUUCAAGAUGCGGUGGAUGAGAUCCUAGCUCAGAAAUGCCAUAGUAUAGUUGAUGUCACCGUUGGCGUACCAUAUCACAAGAUCCUCUAUGCAUGGCGAAUCAGACGUAGUGACUUCCGUGGCGCGGCGACAAUCUCCCUUGAGCGUUUACAGAAGUUACAGCAAUCUGGUGAGGGAGAUAGAGCUCUUGGGGAAGACAGCCUCGAGACACCUGUGACAAAGCAAUACGUCGCACUCAUCAAUGCAUUGAGUUGCGUUGAUCCAAAACAAGCGUGGAUUCUGAGCGAAGAGAUCCCACGACGAGGCGUGGGGUCAAAAAACGGGGCGACGCCAAAAAGGUCGGUUGUCACAUUGGACGAUAUUAGGAAAGAGUAUCAAGGCGAACUGGAUCGGAUUGCAGCCAUCGAGAACAACCAGUUCGCGCUCGCUGGGGGGGAUGAGAUGGAUGUUUUAUGA